AUGACAUCGACGGGGAAGGACGGCGGCGGGGCGCAGCACGCGCAGUAUGUGGGCCCCUACCGGCUGGAGAAGACGCUGGGCAAGGGGCAGACAGGCCUGGUGAAGCUGGGGAUCCACUGUGUCACGUGCCAGAAGGUGGCCGUCAAGAUCGUCAACCGGGAGAAGCUCAGCGAGUCUGUACUGAUGAAGGUGGAGCGGGAGAUCGCGAUCCUGAAGCUGAUCGAGCACCCCCACGUCCUCAAACUGCACGACGUCUAUGAAAACAAAAAAUAUUUAUACCUGGUGCUAGAACAUGUGUCUGGUGGAGAGCUCUUUGACUACCUGGUCAAGAAGGGGAGGCUGACCCCCAAAGAGGCCCGGAAGUUCUUCCGCCAGAUCAUCUCUGCGCUGGACUUCUGCCACAGCCACUCCAUAUGCCACAGGGAUCUGAAACCAGAAAACCUUCUACUGGACGAGAAGAAUAACAUCCGGAUCGCAGACUUCGGCAUGGCGUCGCUGCAGGUUGGCGACAGCCUGCUGGAGACCAGCUGCGGGUCGCCCCACUAUGCCUGUCCGGAGGUGAUCCGGGGGGAGAAAUACGACGGCCGCAAGGCAGACGUGUGGAGCUGCGGCGUGAUUCUGUUCGCGCUGCUGGUGGGGGCGCUGCCCUUCGACGACGACAACCUGCGGCAGCUGCUGGAGAAGGUGAAACGCGGGGUCUUCCACAUGCCGCACUUCAUCCCGCCCGACUGCCAGAGCCUGCUGCGCGGCAUGAUCGAGGUGGACGCGGCGCGGCGUCUCACGCUAGAGCACAUUCAGAAACACAUAUGGUAUAUAGGAGGCAAGAACGAGCCGGAGCCGGAGCAGCCUGUCCCUCGCAAGGUGCAGAUCCGCUCCCUGCCCAGCCUGGAGGACAUCGACCCCGACGUGCUCGACAGCAUGCACUCGCUCGGCUGCUUCCGGGACCGCAACAAGCUGCUGCAGGACCUGCUGUCCGAGGAGGAGAACCAGGAGAAGAUGAUCUAUUUCCUCCUCCUGGACCGGAAAGAGAGGUACCCGAGCCACGAGGACGAGGACUUGCCACCCAGGAACGAGAUAGACCCGCCCCGGAAGCGUGUGGACUCCCCGAUGCUCAACCGGCACGGCAAGCGGCGGCCCGAGCGGAAGUCCAUGGAGGUGCUGAGCGUGACGGACGGCGGCUCCCCUGUGCCCGCGCGGCGGGCCCUGGAGAUGGCCCAGCACGGCCAGAGGUCCAGGUCCAUCAGCGGCGCCUCCUCGGGCCUGUCCACCAGCCCGCUCAGCAGCCCCCGGGUGACCCCUCACCCCUCUCCGAGGGGCAGUCCCCUUCCUACCCCCAAGGGGACGCCUGUGCACACGCCCAAGGAGAGCCCGGCUGGCACGCCCAACCCCACGCCGCCAUCCAGCCCCAGCGUGGGAGGGGUGCCCUGGAGGACGCGGCUCAACUCCAUCAAGAACAGCUUCCUGGGGUCGCCCCGCUUCCACCGCCGGAAACUGCAAGUUCCGACGCCCGAGGAGAUGUCCAACCUGACUCCGGAGUCGUCCCCAGAGCUCGCUAAGAAGUCCUGGUUCGGGAACUUCAUCAGCCUAGAGAAGGAGGAGCAGAUCUUCGUGGUCAUCAAGGAUAAGCCUCUGAGCUCCAUCAAAGCUGACAUCGUCCACGCCUUCCUGUCGAUCCCCAGCCUCAGCCACAGCGUCAUCUCCCAGACGAGCUUCCGGGCGGAGUACAAGGCGACCGGGGGCCCGGCCGUGUUCCAGAAGCCGGUCAAGUUCCAGGUGGACAUCACGUACACGGAGGGCGGGGCCGCGCAGAAGGAGAACGGCAUCUACUCGGUCACGUUCACGCUCCUGUCAGGCCCGAGCCGCCGCUUCAAGAGGGUCGUGGAGACCAUUCAGGCCCAGCUGCUGAGCACACACGAGCAGCCCUCUGCCCAGCACUUGUCAGACACCACUAACUGUAUGGAAAUGAUGACGGGGAGGCUUUCCAAAUGUGACGAGAAGAACGGGCAGGCAGCCCAGGCCCCCAGUACGCCCGCCAAGCGGAGUGCCCACAGCCCACUCGGGGACUCCGCGGCCGCUGGCCCCGGCCCUGGAGGGGACGCCGAGUACCCAGCGGGCAAGGACGCGGCCAGGACGGGGCUGCCCGCCGCCCGCCGGGAGCAGCCUUAG